CUGGGACGGAACGGAAGCCCCGAGCCCCAAACCCUACACGAACCAGAGCAGCCUCCACCGCCAGCGCCGACACUUCGAGCUCUGCUUCGGCCUUCUGCGCGUCUCUGGCCAUGGCUGAACCCGAGGUGGAGGUGGCCGCAGCCGCCGCAGCAGCGAUGGAAACCGAGGCGCCGGCAGCCGCUGGUCAGAAGAGGGAGAGGGAGGAAGGGGGUGAUCCUGCCGCUGAGGGCGGCGAGGCGGCGGCGGAGGAGGAAGCGGCGGCGGCUAAGAAGCCGAAGGUGGAGGGGGAUACCAAGGAAGAAAAGGAGGAGGAGACGAAGGAUGAUAAGGAGGGCGUGGAGGGGAAGGGAGAGGAGGCGAAGGGCAAGCCCGCGAAGUUGGGGCCGAAAGAGUUCGCCACGGCCGUCGAGAUGUUCGACUACUUCUUCGCCCUGCUCCACUCGUGGGCGCCGCAGCUUGAGUUCAAUAAGUAUGAACAAAUGGUGCUGGAGGACUUGCUGAAGAAAGGCCAUGCUGAGCCCGCUAAGAAGAUUGGGCCAGGAAUCGAAGCAUUUGAGAUCCGCAACCACCCUGUGUGGCAGAGCCGCUGCUUCUUUGUCCGCAGGGUUGAUGGAUCCGCGGAUGAUUUCAGCUUCCGCAAAUGCGUGGACAACAUACUGCCUCUCCCCGAGGACAUGAAGAUUGGCAACAGCAAGAAGUCCGGCGGCCACCACAAGGGCGGUGGUGGGGGCCGGGGUGGAGGGCGUGGAGGAGGGGGCCGAGGUGGUUGGCGCGGUGGGCGCGGUAGGGGCAGGAGAGGCGGCUAGGUAGUUAACGAGCCCUGAAAUUUUGCAUGUUUAAUACCGGGGCAGUCGUGUGAACACGAAGGGCAUUUAUGUUGUUUUAUGUGGGGCUUCUUUGCCCCUGUCCUAGAGACAGAUGAUGCCCACUUGUGAACCUUGAAACUGGGAGAUGAUCCAUGCGGAAUGCUUCUUGCGCCAUGCCGCGCCAUGCUGUUCCUAAA